GCAGCUCGCAGCUAACCCGCGUCACGGUGCGAGGAGCGGCAGCUGCGGGGAAGAGUUGCCGCUGGUUGGUAGCCAAGAGUUUAACAACAGCAGCCCCCGGGGAGGGCGGAGAGUGAGGAGGUGACCGCCGCUCUCAAACCCUGCCCCCCGAGGCGGAGGUGCAGGCGGCAGGGGCAGUCCCAGCCUUGUCCUCGCUCCUCGGUGCAGGGACUCUUACUGCAGUGGGGAGUCCGGGAGCCGGGCAGCCCCGCAGCCCUCGGCUCACCGCGGGAGGGAAACCGGCCCGCCCGGCGAGCCUGCUGGGAGCCGGCUCCGUGCCUGUCCCGGUCCUUGCUCUGUUUCCUCUUCGCCAUCGGCUCUGUCUUUCUGCCCCGGGAUGCCGCCCAACCUCACCGGCUAUUACCGCUUCGUGUCCCAGGAGAACAUGGACAAUUACCUGCGUGCUUUAGAUAUCAAUGUGAUCUUGCGAAAAGUGGUUUGCCUUUUGAAGCCUGAUAAAGAGAUUAUCCACACGGGAGAUCACAUGGUGAUCCGCACAAUCACUUCCCUGCGAGACUAUGUUAUGGAUUUUGACCUGGGAGUCCAGUUUGAGGAAGACUUGGGACCUGUGGAUGGACGCAAGUGCCAGACAACUGUAUCCUGGGAGGGGGAUCAGCUGGUGUGUGAGCAGCUGGGAGAGAAGAGGAACAGAGGCUGGAGGCACUGGCUGGAGGGGGACCAGCUGCAUCUGCGCAUGACCGCUGAAGACGAAGUGUGUGUCCAGGUUUUCCAGAAGGUGAAGUGAGCGCUCCGCCGAGGGAUGCCCAGCAUUGACAAAACAAAGCCCGAGGGAGCCGAGCUCCCUGUAUCA